UUUUUUUUAAAAAAAAAGAAACCAAUUAUUAACAUGUUGGAAAUUUCAAGAAACGAAUAUCAAAAUAAUUUGUCAAAUGUUCAUUCUUAUAUGAUCCAUGAAAAGAUGCAAUUACCUAUCCAUGAUUUUGAAACCUAUUUAUUUCAAUGUACUGAUAGUUUAAACUUGUCACGCAAAAAAAUGAUCAAUCUGAAGGAAUGGCUAGACUUUAUAGAUCAAUAUAAUGAAAAUAACGAAGAAUAUAUUUUAAGUGAUAAACAGAUAUUAUUCUUGCAAGCUUACUAUGAAGAAAAUGAGGAUUUAUGGUUAACUCCUGAAGAGUUUUCUCAAUUAUUGUAUAUGAUUCGUUUGAAAGAUGAAAAGACAUCUAGAUCAAGAUCUACAAUUAAAGCAAAUAUUCGCCCAAAGAAUAAUAAGUCAGAUCCUUAUUUUGUAGACGAUAUAGCAAGUACUAAUCAUCCAGAUUCAAAUCAAACUUUAAAUAGUUGCGUUACUAGAAAAUUAGAAACUUAUAAUGAAUUGGAAAUUAACAAAAAAAAAGAGAAAAGUGGAGAAGCAGCAUUUGAUUUAUCAGAAGAAUAUAAACAGUAUAUUUUGGAAUUAGAAAACAAGUUACAAGAGAUGCAAUUUAAAAUUGAACAACAAGAUACUAUUAUCUUGGAAAACAAGAAAAAGGACAAAGAGAAAUCAGACACGAUAAAUGAUCUUGAAUUAGCUAAUGAUCUUACAGAUAUAAGAAAUGAAAAACUUAAAAUGGAACUAGAGAAUAAAAAACUAGAGAUAGACAAGUUAAAAAAGCAUUUAACAGUUUCAGAAGAGGUACAAAAUAGCACAACUCUGACUGAGCUUUCACAAGCCAAAGAAACAAUCCGAGCUUAUGAAAAGAAAAUAACAAAUACUAACAUGCAACUUGAACAAGAAAGGCAAACUCUUCUAGAAACAAAGAAAGAGCUCAAGACACAGGAAACAAUAAAUGCUGAUUAUUCAGUUCUUAUAAAUAAACAAAAACUAGAGAUCGAAGAAUUGAGAAACAAUGUAAAUACACUUACACUAGAGGAAAAGAAGAAUUUAAUUCUUGACGAAACAAAUCUUGCUAGAGAACAAAUAAAGGCUGAAUAUAUGACAGAAAUAGAAUUAUUAAAACAAGAACGUGAUGAAUUGAUACAAAAGUUAAAAGAAGUGUCUAGGAAGUAUGACGAUCAAAAACAACGUGUAAUAUCCCUUUCGCAUCAAUUUGAUCAACAAAGUGAAUUAGUUUAUAUUAUUCAAACAAAUCUAACUUUAAAGCAAUGUCAGCGACAAGGAGAAGAGUCAAUACAAAACACAAGAUGGUCUGCUUUUAUCUAUUUACUCCCAUGGCUCCUUUUCUUAUUUUGUCUAUUAUUUAACGUUCUUAAAUCAUAUUCUUUGCAAAACUUUAUGGCUGGCUCCUCUUAUUACAUAUAUUAUAGUCCCUUAGAACUCUUAGAUGAAUUAUACUACUUAUAUACAGAAGUAGCGCGUUCUACUACUAAGUCACUGGUUGAUAAAAUAUUUCAUCAUCAUGAAUCUUUUCUAUAAUAAACAGUAUAUUUUCAUUAACAAUAACAUAAAUAAAAAU